CCGGCGGUCGGCUAGCCGGAGAAAACCCAGCGCGCUCGGUCCCGGCGCCAUGGACCUGGUCAUCACGCAGGAGCUGGCCCGCGCCCAGAGCCAGCAGGAUGACGCGUCCCUGAAGAGGGCUUAUGAGCUGAUUAAGUCGGCCAACCUGGGCAGAUCAGAGUUUGACCCCAUGGAGAGCUUCAGCCCAGACCUGUUUGUUUUGUGUGCAGAACAGGCGCUGAAGAUGGGGCACCCGGAGAUGAGUGACGACUGCAUCCAGAUGUACUUCAAGGUGAAGGGGCCCGUCACCCAGUUCCUGGGCCGAGCGCACCUGUGCAGGGCCCAGCUCUGUGCCCCCAAGUCCACCGAAAACCUGGAGGAAUUUGAAAAUUGUGUGACUCAGUAUAUGAAGGCAAUAAACUUUGCAAAAGGAGAACCCAGGUAUUACUUCCUGGUGUAUAACGCAUCGGUCCUCUACUGGCAAAUGGUGAGGCCAUUUCUCAAGCCGGGAUAUCAUCACCAUCUGAUCUCCAGCCUCUCCCAGAUUGUCAAUGUGUUAAGUCAGACUGAAGAAGAGGACAAGGAGUGGCGGGCAGAGCUGAUGCUGGAGCUUCUGGACUGUUAUCUACAAGCUGGAAAAAGGGAAGAGGCUGCAAAAUUUUGUGCCACUGCAGCACCAUUUAUAAAAGCUAGCGUGCCACAGAAAUAUCGACACAUAUUUUCUGUUAUGGUGAGACAUGAAUUAGUGGAUGAGCUUCAGUUAGAGGAAGAAAAGAAAACGUCCGCUAGCCUGGCUGUCACUUACCACAUUAAUAUGCUAAAAGCAAAAUUGGAUAAGAAUGAGUUACCUGAAGAUGCGAACUCAAUUCUGAAGAAGGCCUAUAAACAUUUAAGUUAUUAUAAUAACCAGCACUUCCCUUCAGUCAGAGAGGAAAAAAUUCUUUUGCUUUUUGAAUUGGCUCGUCUCUCUUUGACCUUGAAAUGUGAGGAGAUCUCCUCUGGCUGCCUCUCAGACUUGAAGAAUAUUGACAGCACAGAUCCUGGGAAGCUGAUUGAAAUCGAAUGCCUGGAGUACGAAUUAGAAGCUUUAAGACUCGAAAGUAAAAUUAAAAUCUAUGUCCGAGCAGCCGUUGAGACCCAGCUGAACAUAGUGCAGAGACUUGACGUGGCACUCCAGCGCGCCGUGCGGCUGGGUGAGCCCGGGCUCAUCCACGUGGUGUGUACCACCCAGUGGAACACGUGUCUCCCACUGCUGCAGCACAACCUGCGGCACCACCUGCGGAAGCCGCUGACCAACAUCGCGGACAUCCUGGAGAAGGUGGACAGCCUCAUGGUCCUGCUCCGUUGCCAAGUCCACAUGGAGAUAGCACACAUCGAGGAGGACGAGCACCGGCUGGAGCCGGCCAUGCAACACCUGCAGAAGGCCAUGCUCCUGGACAGCCUCGGCCUCUACCAGGACAAGCUCACCAUGGCCUUGAACCGGCUGCACUUGUGUGCCAUGCUGUACCAGUCCCCUGAGCGUGCUGAGGACAAGGCCAUCAUGGCCAUUGAGCAGGCAAAAAAAGCUAUCCCAAAAGAUAGCGUCAGGAAGAAGCGGGCUCUCCUGGUGAAUGCCGGCCUGGUGCUAGCCCCCGACACCUUCCAAAUUGUGCUCGACAGUGAGAACGAGGCCAAAGUUUCCAUGGGGACAUCCAGGGGCCGGUUCACCUACCUGUUUGCGAAGGCGCGGCACCACAUCAUCAGCGUGGACAAAGCUGCUGGGCAUCUGCGGCGUCUGGGGAGUGAGAAUGACAAGGAGAGAAUCCAGAUCUGGGCGGAGCUCGCCAAAGUUGCCCGGAGGCAAGGUGUGUGGGAUGUGUGCCGGGCGGCGAGCCGCUUCUGUCUCCUGUAUGACAACGUGAAGGUGAAGAAGCUGGUGCGGCCGAAGAAAGGAAAGAAGAAGAAGGCUGGAGACAGCCAGACCCAGGAGGCCUGGGGCCAGGCGGAGGCCACCCUGCAGAGGCAGGUGUCCCCCAGCCUGCUCCGGAAGUUCGCGGAGGUGGGGUUCAUCAGUGCAGAGGCCACUGUCCAGUUGCUGCGCUCAGAGGGUGUGGACCUAAAUAACCAUCCGCACCCCCCGGAGGACCUGAGCCAGCACUCAGCCGGAUACACAGUCGAGUCCCCGGAGGACAACGCACAGUGGACCACGUACCAGACCUGGAUCGAGAGUCUGUCGCAGAGCGCCAUGCACAGCUGGUUGCGGUCUGCUGAGAUCGGACAGGAGAUCCAGGAGGGCUGGAUUGUGCAGAAUGCCGUGGUCUACGUCCUGAACCACAACCACCACCUCAUCAUGGCUGGGAGGCAGAAGGAGCUUGUGGACACCCUGGACCACCUCCUGAGCAUCGUCAAGGCCACAGGCCACAACGGAGACCCCACCAUGCUGGUGAUGCUCUGCAAUGCAUUGGCUCGAGGCUUGAUUCUUAACUGGAUUCCAGCCCAAGUGCCAGAAAAAUCUAAAAGACCCGUGCGCUCGAACCUGUUUCACAUACCACUGGACUCGGUAGCCAGCUCUGAAGUCAGGACUGCGGUGGAGGUCUGCGAGUUUGCCCUGAGCCUGACGGACGGGACUGUGCCCGAGGAGGCGGUGCCCACCAGCGCCCGGCAGCAGCUCAUUGCCACCUGGGUGAAGGCCAAGCAGCUGCUGCAGCAGCAGAUUGGGCCACGGCUGGGCAUGGACGAGCAGAGUCCUGACGAGGACAUCAACUCGGUGACGCGAGUCCUCGUUGCUCUGGAGAUGUACUCCGGCAAUGGGCUGGGCCUCAUGGACUUCACCGUGCCCCCCUUGGCCCAGUUGGUGAAGAUGGCUUCCGAGUGCAGCUGGUCGGACCCCCUGGUGGAGCUGCAGACCCUCAUGCGGCUGACCCACUUUGCGCACGCGGCCCACGACUACGAGGUCACCAUGCUCUGCUCGCAGAAGGCCAUCCAGAUGGGCAUUCGGUACCUGAGGAUGUGUAGCCCGGUCGAGACUGAACUGGUGGCGGAGAUGCUGAGCACCACAGCCUGCAUCCAGGGCAGGAGCAUCAUGGAGAACCUGAAGGGGAGAAAGCAGCUGCGCCCGGUGGCCGCCAAGGCCUUCGUAGAGAGUGCCAAGUUUGGGGGCAUUGCGAGGAGCAGCGCCCUGGUGAUGCUGGCCGUGAGGCACUACUGGAACACCUGGCUUCCGUUCCUGUCCUCUGCAGCCAACAGGAAGAAAAACAAGAACGUCAUACAGAGGAUCAUCAGCAUCAUCAAUGAGACAGAAACGAAAAAGCAGGGAAAAGGGAAAGUGCUGCUUCUGCACCAGUGGCCUACGGCGGACUUCCACAGUGGAGGGACGACAGAAGGUCAUUUUCUCCCAGGUGCUGAGGAUGACCUGACACUCCGUGCCGCGCUCUACGGCCUGCUCUUCCACUGCCACGCUGACCAUGGUGACUGGGAGGGUGGCCUCAAGGUGCUGGACGAGGCUGUGCAGGUGCUGCCACGGACGGCGCACCGCCUCUUGAUUUUUAAACAUAUGGUCAUUGUGAAGGCCAAACUUGACCAGAAUUUCACAAUGGAAAUACAGAAAUUCAAAGACGAAAGCGAAGAUUAUUUGGCACACAUGUGGCACCGUCUGGCCUUGAACUCGAAGAGUGUCUACGGAGAGCUGGUCUGCUACCACAACGCCAUCCAAGCCUUGCAGAAGCCAGAGAGUGAGUGGCAAAAAGUUGAGUACAUCAUGGAAUUCAGCGAGUGGCUGAAUUACAAACAGUUUCCUAUGGAAGACGUGACAUUCCACCUGAAGUGGGCGAUUGACAUCCUGCUGCUGAUGACACCUGCCAGUGACACACCUGAGCUGGCAGAGGAGCACCUGUCCACUCAGGGAGCCCCAGAAAGUGUAGUGUCCGAGGACUCAGGGUCAGUCCCCUUGGAGAAGCUUCGGAACGUGAGACAGCUGGAGGCGCUGGCUCGCGCCUACACCCUGCUGGCCCUGAUGGUGUCCCCGAGCGUGGCCGGCUACGAGGACUACUGCCUCAUGGCCUACACAUACCUCAAGCGCAUCUGGCAGGUAUCUUUAUUAACAGCAGGAAAAGCAAUUUCAGAAAGUAAAAUUCUAGCAGCAACAGCUAGUUCACACUUGUUGUUGCCUAAAAAAGAGAAGGAGAAAGGGAAGGACGCGUGGAAGGACACGGGGAAGGACACGUGGAAGGACACGGGGAAGGACACGGGGAAGGACACGUGGAAGGACACGGGGAAGGACACGGGGAAGGACAGAGAAAAGGGCAAAGGCCUCAAGCAGCAUCAAACCACAGUUCCUGGCAAACAGCUUGAAGACUUACCAAGCAUAGAAGAAUGGGCUUCCUACUCCUGCCCUGAAGAAGUGAUGUCGGUGUUCAAACAAGAUAAAAGCGACUUUACCAUUAACCCAUCAAGCAUCCAGAAGCCGACAUACACCUUAUAUUAUCUGGACCAUUUGGUCAGAGCCCUGCAGAAGAUGUCCCUUUACGAGCUCACCAUCCCAGUCCUGCAGUUGGGUGUAGUAAUCGCGGCGUCUGUGGUAGAAAGCAAGAGCCUCAAAGAUCUCUACCACCUGCGACUUGCCCUUGCUUGUUCGGAUUUGAAUUGCGAGAAACAGCUGCCUACCAUGAAGAGGUGGCCGGGCCAGACAUACAUCUAUGAGCUGGAGCAGGCAAGCUGCAGAAAAGAAAUUGCCUUGAGAAAGGAGAAGAAUAAGGAACCACUCUUGGAAGACAGUGUGCCAACUCUGGCUGAACCCGUAACUGCAGUGGACCCAGCAGAAAUGAAGCCCCUCGUGGCCAAGGACAAGCUCCUGAAGAUAAACGGAGAGACCGGGAGGGGCUUGGAAGGGACAUCCUUCCCCCAGCUGUGGACCCUCAAAGCAGAAGUGCUGCUGGAGAUGGACCUGUACCAGCCUGCGAGGCUGCUGCUGUCGGAGGCCUACUUGGCCUUCCAGGAGCUUGACGACCCUUGUGCGGAAGCAAGAUGCCUGCACCUUCUAGCACAACUGGCCAACAAGGAGAAGAACUACGGACCAGCGAAGAAGAUGGUGGAGCAGGCGCAGCGCCGGGGGGGCGGCGAGGAGUUCUGGUACAGCUCCACCCUGACUCUGGCAGACACGCUCCUGGCCCUGGGAAGCGAUGGCAGCGAAGUGGUGGCCCUCCAGUUGUUUCAAAGACUCAUAGAUACCUUCAGGGUCCUGCAGAAGGAAAGACCUAACCGAGUGCCCAUCUUGGAAUUUAUGGUCACAGACCUAGAAGCCAGAUGUGUGAGCCUCUGCAUCCGGGCCGUUCAGGGACUACUUGACUGUGAACGCUUGUUUCUGCUGACCGAACUGGAUGAUCACUUGAUGGAGAUUGAGAAAAAGUUGACCACCUGGGGCUACAGAGAGAAUUGUGUGGACAUAAAACUAGAGCGCGCAAAGAUAAAGAGAUUAUGUGCCCAAAAUGAGAAAAAUGAAGAGCGAAAAACCGCGUAUCACUUGGAGGCAUACGACUUGGUCCAAAGAGCUGUGGCUGAGGCGGAGGAGUUGUUCCUCAGUGUGCAGGGCUUACUGUCCUUGCAGGAGUUGCAGAACAUCAACACGCCUCUGAUGAGGAAGCUGGCGCACCUGCGGCUCAGCCUUGCCGAAGCGUCUCUGGACAUGCUGCAGCUCAUGUGGGCGGAGGCCCAGGCCCAGCAGCUUGAGCAGGGCUCCAUGGACAAGCUGCUGGGUGACUACCUGCAGAGCUUGAGUGACUACACCUCCAUUGGCCUGAAAUGGUUCAUGCUGAGGCGGACCCUGGCCCACGUUGUGUUGGUGCAGCUGGGGAGCCUGCAUUCGCUGUGUGCUGGCUGCGUGGAGAUCUGUGCUCAGGUCCUGGGCCUGGCGGGGAAGGCCCUCCGCCUGCUGGCGGUGCACGCAGACCCCGAGCGCCCCACCUGCUACUGGGAGGAGGGCCUCUCGGCCAUCACUGAGCUGAACAGCCUUGGGCAACUGGAGACCGUCCCAGAGGACAGGGCUGGCAAGGAUCACUACGAAGACCUGCGGGCCUUGAGGGCCACCCCCAAGAAGCACAGCAGGAAGGGCUCGGAUCAGCAGAGGAGGAUGGUGCUGGCCCAGCGGUACCUAGCUCAGGCCUCUGAGGUGCUGCUGCAGUGCAUGCAGGUUGCCCUGGGAAGCUGCCUCCUGGACGUUGCCGCCGCUGCCAGCCUGGACAUGGUGGAGUGCACCGGCGCCCUGGACCCGGCAGCCACCUGCCAGUUCCUGGCACUGUCUCAGAGCUGCCUGGCUUCAGAGAUGAUGCGGGAUGUCCUGUUCACGGCCACGGCCAACACCAGCAGCUCACAGCUUGCGGCCCUGCUGCAGCUCGAGCACCAGCUGAAGCAGAAGGGGAGGGUGUCCACCAGCUUGUUUGCGAGCGUGGAGCAGACGUUAGCUGUCGUUUCCAAGGCUUGGCAAAAUCUAAGGGUCACUGAGCAGCAUUUUAACCUCCUGAAUGAAAUCCCGCCUACCUUUCGGAUCGUCAUCCUGCAGCACUCGCCGGACCGGGCCCAUCUGUACUGCACAGCCUAUGAGAGACCCAAGUCCAUCCCUGCGGCCAAAGGGAAGGUGCUCCAAGUGGGAGGCUCCUGCAAGGUGGCACGGGUGGCCGUGAACCCAGACACCUUCUCCUGCCUAUUGGCCAGUGCCCAGCAGUUCCGGGAGCUGACCCAAGCUGAGGUGAACAAUGAGGACCCGGCCCUGAGCUCAGGCACGGAAUUGGAAAGUGUGCACCUUGAGAGGGAAAGACACUCUCUGCAGAGAUUCAGUGAUGUCCUGGCAUCCAUGGAGGAGUACCUGAGGCCACUGUUCCCAGUGCUCAGCAGCCCUGCGGCCAGAACACAGAGUCCCACGCCUGCUGCGGAUUCCGGGAAAUCAAAAGGCAAAGAUAAGGAAAGGAAAGUGUCCCUGCCCCAUGUUCAGCUCGAGGCUGCAGACAACACCAUCCUCAUUGUGGACAAGGAUCUUCUGGAGUUGCCGCUGGAAGGCCUCUCUGCGUUUAAGGAGGGCACGGUCUCCUCCGUGUCCCGAGAAUUCUCCUUGCAGAUGUUGUGCAAUCGCCUCCAUAAAGAGGAGUCAGCUGAGGGGACCGUGAAGGAGAGCAGAGGCAGGAAGCGGGGUCCAGCGAAGAAGGGACAGAAGGACGCUCCGCCCCGGCUCAUCCCCCCCGACUGCGUCGUAGUGGACGCCGACAACUUCAAGUUCAUCGUGGACCCCUACGGGGAGGCCCGGGGCAUAGAAAGGCUGACUCCUGUCUUCGUCACCCGGGAAAUUCUGGAAAGAUUCCGAGACACGUUCACUGCUCUCUGGGUGGGACAUCUGGGAAAUAAGCACUUCCCCAGCCAGGCCGAGUGGGAGCAGCUCCUGGGCAGCUGCAGCGGCUUCUUCUUCUACGGGAUGGAGAGCUUCCUGUCCCACAUACUGGUGGAAAGGUUGGCUGCCAUGAACCUACGAGAGUGCCAGAUGAUGGUCCUGCUGGGCCUGACGCGGUCCCACAAGAGCAUGCAGCGGCACAUGGAGAACUCAGAGAACAAGAGCGUGCCCCAACUGUCCUUGGAGGAGCCCAUCAAGACUGCCAUCCUUCUGAGUCUGGUGGGGGUCAGGAGCAUCCUGGCAAACCAGUGGCCGACAUUCCUGCAGGACAACGCCCUGCGGGCCGGCAUCCUGUGGGAAAGUCUGUUGACAGUUGGCAGGCCCAUCGGGAGAGCAGUCCGUCUCCUUCAGAGCAUGGGAUCUGGUGAGCCUCCAUGGGCCUCCAGGGACAAACUGCUGUCCCUCCCGCCACAGCUCAGCGACCAGGAGCAGCUGCGCAUCGCCCUCAACCCGGUCCUGUACGGGCUGCCACACCUGGCCAUCGGGUGACCCCCCCUGGGGCAAGGACCUUGACUGCCCCUCCAAGAACCCACCACCCAGCCCUCCCCGCCCUGUAGGUGCCCCUCCUCCGGGGGCCCCGCCCCUGAACCCCAGUUCUGCUCAGGGUCAUGCCAGGGCCCUCCUGAAUCUGAUCUGCUCUGGUGCUUCCUCCUCAACCUGCUCCUGCCCGGCUCGCACGGGGACCCUUGGGGAGGGGGAGGACAGUCCCUCUGGGGGCUCUGCAUUGGGGCUGACCCCACAGCUGCCUGGACCCCCAGAACACUCCCUGCCCUGUGCAUUCCCUUGGGUCCCAGUGGUGGGGGAGCCGCCUGUAUUUGGGGUAGAGGCUAGCCCUGGGGGUGAGGCCCUCGGUCCCUGGAGGCCCACGGUGGUCCCUGGACAAGGAACACCAUCGUUUUUGGUGUAAGCGCUUUAGUAAAUGACAAGGUCCAGUGUCUGCGGUGCGGUCUGUGACCCCGGGUGCGCGGCAGGACUGGAGUCCCUCUGUCGAGCGCCGUGCCAUGGUGGGGCUCAGCCGAUGUUUGCCGAGUGAGCGAGUGAGUGCGGAAAGUCCCUGGGGCCCGUGGAUGUGCCUGUGAGGCUGGCUCCCCAGGAGGUGACCAGAAGCUCUAUGGGGAGUCACGGUUUGUCUGCUGGAGGCAGGAAGUGGGUGAGAAGUCCGCCCUGGUUGCAGAGGCCCCCAGGGUGGGACAUACCACUGCCACCUGUGGGCACCAGGGAAGCCCUGGGAGAAGCCACUGUCCACAGACUUAGACACUCAGCCAGACUUGAGGGUGGUCGUAGGAAGAACAGAUACGCCCUGGUCCCCAGGAAGCGUCCUCCCACCGGGCCCCAAGCCAUCCUGGCCCACGGGGAGACCAGGGUGAGGGACUGAGUAGCCAGGACCCUGUGUCCCAAGAGUCUCCCAGGCUGGUGGCCAGGGGACAAGGGAGAGCCAGCUCCAGGUCUCUCUGGGGUGGAACCAGUGGCCGUUAGACAGUCCAUGGGUGGGGGGCGGGGAGGGUCAAAGUGUCUUCAGGCCCUGGGUCCUGGCAAGCAGCCCCUCGGACAUCUGCUGAGGUCAGGCCACAGAGCACCCUGGGCCCGGGGACCCUGGCCCUGGGGGCUGCAAGGACCGCUCUUUGCAGGCCCCCGAGCACAGUGAGGUGUCCGUAUAGAGGCCACAUCUGCCUCACCUGGAGACUUCUGGCCUCUGAGCACGGGCUCUGGGGCCCCCUGGGAGCCAGAGACGGACACCCACAGGCCAGAGGGUGCCAGGCCUCAGGCCAAGCGGCCGCUGGUCAUCUCUGGGCUGCGAGAACCAGGAGCUAAGCGGGUGGGAGACGGUACACGUCCGCGAGGCUUUGUUCCCCUGGGGGGGUGUGGGUGGUGGUGUUUCGUCCCGAUCUUGUGUCUGGGGUGCGGGCGGGAAGCCCACACCGCAGCCUCCGUGCCCUGGGUCAGACCACCCGCCCCGGGACUUGCUGGGUCGAGCACAGGGCAGGCCAAAUAGGAAGAGAACACAAAAUAGGACUGCGAUGAGGUAUCACAGCGUACCUACUAGAACCCCGACGUAGACAUCAGUGCCAACACCGCGUGCUAGGGAACGUGGGGAGCACCUAGACCCCCAUACGUCAUGGCUGGGCCUGGGAAAUGGCGCGGCCCUCAGGGAGACGGUUGGACCGGUUCUUACGAGGUCUGCCUGUGACCAGCAUGUGACCGGGCGCUGCGCUCCCAGCCAAACAUCCCAGGGAAGCCUGAGCGUGUCUGCCGCGGCCGUUCCAUCAGAGCGAGCGCUAGAAACAAGCAGUGUCCUCCGCCGGGGACGGUGGCACAAGCUCUGGUCCACGUGCCAGUGGGACGCCACAAGGAGAACCGUGAACCACGGAUCCCUGGAAGGGCGUCGGGGGUGCGACACCGCGUGUAGGAGCCAUGACCAGCAAGGUCACACGCCGUGUGAUGUCAUUCCUGCCACAAUUCUGAAGACGACAGCACCAGAGAGGGAGAGCAUGCUGGUGUCUCGGGCACAGCCUGGGGGUGCAGGGGGGAGCCCCCGUGGCCACAGGCCAGGGAUCACGCGUGGGAAACCCUUGCACAGAGCUGCGCACGCGGGUGCACGCGCCCUGUGAACGUGGCGAAACGGCACUGUGCCCACGCGGUUCCCUGGCUUCUGGUUUCGGAUGCCGCUGCCGGGAAGGUGCAUGAAGGGUGCAUCAUCAGUACUCUUUGUGCAACUUCUCGCAGGUCUAUAAUUAGUUCAACAUAGAAAGUUUAAAAGCAGCUCAUCUGUGAUAACAUCGAAAGGUGGUGAUGCCCUUCUUUUUGUUCAAUUUUUUUCCUUUUGUCAAACAUAUACACAUUCUUCUUCGAGUUAGAAAAAAAAGAGCUAACUAAUGAUCAAGGAAUAAAUUCAAAUCAGAGCGGCCGUGGAUAUAUGAGCUUCCUUCUAGAAAGAUGUUGGCACCCACCCAAACAACAAGAA